AUGGCCUUGGAAGAAGAUGCAGAAAGUAACCGACAUCCUCAUCACAUCAGAGGCCACCUCUUGCAGCCCACAUCACCACAAGUUACUCGUGUUCUGCUGCGGCUGGACGGCAGGAUAAUCACUACAGUUCUUGCAACCGAAAUUAGGAGACUGGAAGUACAACACUUAAGGCGAGGGAAUCCAGAGAUCUCGGCAGAAACGAAGACUUCUCAAGAUAGACUAGUCGAUAUUCAGCUGCAUGGUGACUGGACGGCAGAGAGCUUCACUGGAGUCCAGGUUGAUAGUUGGUCAUCAGGACAGUAUUUGAGUAGUCUUAGGCCCCUCAGUCGAGAAGGAAGUAAGGAACAGGGUACUGAAGGACAGAGACUCCGUGUGCUGCUAGAAGUGCUGCUCCUGCUGCUGCCAUUCCUGCUGGCAGUGAGGCCGGCCCAGACACGCUCCCAAACCCUGUACAACCACUUACGUUACCCUUGGGUCGCCUCCCCUCCGCCCCUUAACUACCCGGCACAGACCCCUCAAUCCCCUUUCUAUCUACGACCUUCCCCCUACCUCUCUCAUCCGCCACGCUCUACGGAUCCACCUCAUACCUUCCCUGUUGCCCCCGACAAGCAUAUCUACGAUCUGUCCCCAAGCGGCCCCCAACACCCUCCACAACAUAGUAUCCCCUUACCCCCCAGCUACUCCUCUUCUCCUAGUUACAUCUCACCACAUGACCUCCCCUCACCCCCAGACUACUCUUUGCCCCCCGGCCUCCCCACCCUGACAGGACACACCAUACCCCACGGCUACCCACCAGCCCAUGACUACCACACACCACACUAUUAUUACCCGUUUCCCAACGCCACCCAACCAGCGCUCUACCCGCCAUAUUAUUACUCGCGGCCGCCCUAUUACUCCCAAUACCCGUACUACCCCCCGUUCCCCUCCACCAACAGUCCUUCCACCACCACCACAACUCCCGAGCCGCUGAUCAUCGACUGGCCCACUGGCAGAUCCCGAAAGAUUCCUCCCCCAGCUCCAUGGCCCACCAGCAGAACCCGAACUACCAGGCCGCCCUCAAUAGCGGUAUGGCCAUCCCUAAAGCCAUCAAGACCCCCCCGCCUCACCCCAAAUCUACCGUCCGGCCAGAAUUGGCUGACGGAUCCCUCAGUGGUCCCUGCAGCGGCCAUCACCCCCAGACUCCCCACGCCCCCCCCACGCGCACGGGUGCCCUCCCCCACGACGCGGUGGCCAGGGAUCACGCCGCGGACCAAUAAAUUGUACAUAGCAUGGCCAACUGAGAAGACACGCAAAAUACCAAGAACAACUAAGCAAAAGUAUACAGCCCCGGCCAGGCCCGUGGGGCCGAAAGUAAAUACAACCACCAGUCCCGUGUGGCCAACAAGAUCACACAAUCUUACCACUGUGACUCCAGCACAGUCAACCAGGCGACCAUCAGGCAAAGGCGACGUCACAUCCACCUGGCCAACAAGAAAGCCACAAACUAACACCCAGACCCCUAAGGCGCUGUCUCCGAGGCCGCCGCACAACAAAGUUCCUCCCCAUUCAACUCGGCCCACUAGAUCCGCAUGGUCCACCAAGCCCCAGAAGCCGACUCCAGCCACCCGCUUGAAGCACACACGCAGGCCGCUCGCCACCACCGUCACGCCGCAGCGGCCCAGCAGGGCACCACGGACGCCAGGGACAGCAACGGAACGCCGGCUUCUCCGUUAGACACAGUAGAAGACGUAAAGAUCCCGCUAAAUAUUAACUUUUCACGUAAAGAAUGAUGAAGUACCGAAGAAAUUAGAGAUUUUCCUUAUGAUGUAUGUCAGUUGUCUGAUCACGACUGUAUCUAAUAAAGAUCAAUCAACCUCGUAAAAACUUUUCUUUCAGAACGAAGUUAGUAAAGAACACUAUUCAAUAUCCACCUCUUAACAGGGUUAAUAGGGCUCAAGAACCUUACUCGAGUAACAAAGCAGAUAAAAGUUAAGGAACACACUACGAGGCCUAUCCAUCUCCCAUCAUUCUUCCCAUGAGCUUUGUCCCGUGCCUAAGUAACGAGAAGCAUAUUCAAGGUUGCUGCAAACACAGACGGGAGUUACAACCAUAUAUUUCCUAAAUUUGGUGACACCAUCAAACUGCCUUGCCCAACACAGGGACCCUAGCCCCA